AUGCAGCAGCCUGAAACCCAGCAGGCAACUCAGCAAACAGCGACAGAAAUACUGGACCCUGCAGUUCAGUACCAGCGUCGGAGGAGGUCGGCUCUGUGGGUGACUGUGUCUCUGCUGGCUCUGGCUCUGCUGGUGCUGACUGUGGGCCUGAUCUCUGCCACUCGCACAGACAACGUGCCUGUUGCUGGAUAUUACCCCGGCAUCACCCUGAGUUUUGGAGCAUUUCUGGGCAUCGUUGGCAUCCACCUGGUGGAAAACCGCAGACCCAUGCUCAUGGCAGCGAUCAUUUUCAUCAGCAUCGGAGUCAUCGCGUCUUUCUUCUGUGCCAUCGUGGAUGGGAUCAUCGCGUCAGAGUUCAUCGACACAAGACCUUUGCAGGAGGACAUAUGUGACUUCUACGCCAGUGGAUCGGGCUACGCCUACGACAGCUACUAUACUGAGAAAACCUCUUCUCUGGCACUGCAGGUGACGUGCCGUUCUUUCAACAAAGCGUGCAAGUUAAAACUGAGGAGCAACACCUGCUACUGCUGCUACCUGUACAACUGUGAGAGCACAGAGUACCACACACAGUAUUACGAGUUCACCGGGGUCAGCAGCUGCUGGGAUGUGAUCCACCUGCACCGCCUGCUGUGGGCCUCAGUGGUGCUCAACGUGAUCGGCUUGUUCCUGGGAAUCAUCACUGCCGCCAUCCUCGGAGCGUACAAGGAUAUGCAGAAGCCGACUCCACAGACAGCCCCCAGCCCAACGCCGCCGCCACACAUCCUGUACAACCCGACGCAGCACAUGCUCACCUACGCUGGCUUCUGUCCUUCAGGACAGACCCUGCCCGCCUACCCCAACUAUCCAAUGCCCAUGCAGCAUAACAGCAGCUAUCAGCCACCUGCUACUCCCCAGCUGAUUCCUGAGGGAGGCCCCGCGUCCAACCCCUGCCUGUCUGAGGAGAACCAGAGCCAGCAGCCCUCUCAGGCUCCCACCCAGCCACAGCCUCAAGGAGCCAACCAGGAAGCCGGGGGCUACAUGCUGACACCCAACGCUCCCGUCCUCUACGGAUCCUCCUACAGCCCCUUUGAGAAGCCUCCACCUUACGCCUGCUGA